AUAGUGCACUGUGACCGGAGAGCAGCAACGCCGGCCGUUCGUCAGCUGCCUGCAUCGUGACAGAAUUGUCAGAUCGUUUCUUGGGACAGUUCAUCAAGCUUCUCGCAGAGAUGGACUAUCUAACAGCCUUGCGAGAAUUGAAUCGCGUGAUGCGCGAUCGGCCAUUUUUUGUAUACCCCCCCAUUGAGCGGGAAAUGUCAAACCGCAACGACUGGAGUGACGUCAUCGCCAUAAAAGGCGCACGGGAAGUCUUGACGUGCGUCAAGUACCCGAAAGACUCCAUCCGACAGUCGCUGUAUGCGUCGUGGUUGAGGGUCAUUGUCUCUGACAGCUGGCAGGAGUCAUUUGACCACAUCAUGCUUGAAUGUGUGGCAGCCACACCGUCGCCAACGGACCCCAGCAAGCCGCUCUUUGCGUAUCUCUUCAAGCGCCAGGACCUUAUGGACCUGCCGUUUCCGGAAGCACCGACACCUGUGUUGAACAACCAAAAGUGGACCAAGCUCUUUGUGCACAAGUGCAAAGACAACGUCGAGCCACUCCCUUCGUCUCCGGAAUUCAUCGACUUCCUCGCCGACCUGAUCAGAAAGAGCUGCAGCUCUAGGGCGGCCUUGGACGAGGCCGGCCUCAUCAUUGGCUUCUACAGCUUGGCUCUAGCCGUAGUCGCAGCCAAGCCCGUGAGGGAAGUGCAGGACUUCUUCCGGACCCGGAUGAAGACUGUGCUGGCCAAGGCUGUGCCCACGUCGUACGAUGGAGAUGUGUUCUGCACCAGUGGCACAUUCCUGAACGAACUGUCCCGCAGGACGUAUUCGCCUGAGGGACAGGUCAGGCCUUACCUCGUGCUCCUGGUGCUGGGUCAGUAUGCCUACUACCUUCACACAGAAGAGACGCCUCCUAGCGCUGACAUGACCUUCCUGGAGGAAGGCUUUCUGAAGCCGGCUAAGUACGGCCACUUGGAGACAAUACGACUCCUGAACAACGUGCAGGAAAAGACUGCGCUCAGUGCCAAGGUGCUCAACUGUAUCCUGCGGGACAGUGGCUCACGAGAAGUGGCCCUGUCUAGCAAGUGCGUGCAAGAGUACCUGGAGAAAGCCGACGGGCCAUUCCAGCUGACGAGGCCGUGGUGCCGCGCAACUAGCAUUUCUUACUUCCUGCACCUCAACUUGUUUGAUCACGUCGACUAUGCCAUGAGGCUGACGGCGUUCUUGGCACCAGACCCAAACGACCUUUUGUGGCAGAGGCGGGAGUUUGUAGACGUAUCGGCAUCACGCAUAAAGGAAGCCCGGCUCUGGGCACGCAACUUCAAACAGGCAUUGCGCAAAGGAGAUUACGGUACCACCGCCAGGGUGGACCAGGAACAAGUUGGCGCGGCUAAGGAAACUUGCCACUAAUGCCACCGUUUACUGUUUAACUGCCAAAGCGUCAAGGUCAGCUUGCCCAACCUUGAAGCAGCUCUUAUUGCGAGCCUGUACUAACCGAAGCUGUCCCAAGCCACGUUCAGCACUAAGGGAAUGCUGGAAUGUUUCACAUUGGGGCAUUACUUUACCAUAUACAGUCAAACCUUGCUCGAAAUAUGUCCAACAAUGUUACAACUACUAUAUCAAAACUUAUUUUCAGACACUGUGACAAAGUUCAUCUGAGACGAAAAUGGCUUCAGUAUAACCGAUGAUUCACUAUAAACUAUGUUCGUAACACUCUUUUAACGACAAUACUAAUAUUGAAUUACUUCGUUAUAACUGGUAGUUUGUUAUAUCUGUGUUGUUUUUAUAGUGGUUUGGCUGCAUACUUUCAUGCCACCCAAUUACUAUUUCUAUUUUGUCGCAUUUCCAUUGAAAAGUUAACAUCAAAAACACACUGGCUGAAACUUUGCAGCCAUUUCGACAAUUUGCAGCCAAGCCAAACCAGUGCCAUAUGCAUCACCGGAGGGCAUGCUGGCCAGAAUUAGUUGGCUCGUAGUUUUCCUUUCCCUCUUGUUUUCAAGCACAUUUUGAAACUCUGCAACAUUGUUAUUCCAAAGGCUUCCAUAAUGUGCUGGAUAGUGAAAACUUUGUUCUCCAUAAAUAAUACUGCCACUGUGUAAAAUCUUAUUCUUUCAGUCAAUAAACAAAAUCAAAA